AUGUCCGUGGAGAGCCACUUGGUCACCCUCAAAGAUUCGUUAUCAAAAUCCCUAACUCGCUUUUACCCUUUGGCAGGGAGGAUCAAUAGUGAUUCUACCACCAUUGAUUGUAACGAUGAAGGAGCUCUAUUUAGACAAGCCAAAGUAAGUUGUGAUAUGGAUGAUUUUCUUGGUCAGGUCUCUUCAGAAUUUGAGUUAUUAUACAGGUUGCUUCCAUGCCAACUUACUUGUCCGGAGGGCGUGGAAAAGGUGGCGCAAGUAGCAAUCCAAGCCAACGUAUUCGUAUGCGGUGGUAUUGCUUUAGGGAUGUGUCUCCUGUACAGAAUCGUGGAUGGAACCACUUUUGGUGCUUUCAUCAGAGCAUGGGCGGAGAUUGCUCGUACCAACAUCAAGGCUUUUGGUGGUCAAGAACAAGUGUGUGAUAGUUCUUCCAUGUUCCCACCAAAUGAACGUCCGCUACUUGCCACUAUCUGUGCACUUUUCUGGAAAUGCCUGGCCAGUAGUACUGCUUCCACAUCUGUGUUCAUCAAUUUUGUUAAUAUACGGAAAAGGUUAGAUCCUCCAUUACCCGCUCUCUCUCUGGGAAAUAUUUAUUGGCUGGCGAUCGCGGUAGAUGACCAAAUUACUAAGAGUGGUAAAAGUGAUGAGAAUAAGAAGGAACUACCUUACUUUGUCCAUCUUCUGAGGAACUCCAUCAAGAGAAUUGAUUCCAAGUAUUUGAAGAAUUUCCAAGGUGAACAAGGGUUUGAGCGAAUUUGUAAAUUCCAUGAAAAUGCGAAAGAAUUGUAUUCCAAGUCAGGACUCACUCUUGAGGUUUCAGCUUUAAAUAGAAUGGCGUUUUAUGAUGCAGAUUUUGGGUGGGGAGAGCCUUCAUGGAUGACUUCCGCACCAUCUUAUAGAAAUGAAAUACUUCUCAUUGAAACCAAAUCUGGUGACGGCAUUGAAGCAUCGAUGAUGUUGGAUGACCAUCAAUUGGCAAUAUUAGAACAUGAUCCUGACUUCCGAGCACACACCAGGUCUGGCCGGUCCGUUCAUCAACCUGCUAAGAGGCAGUUAAUUUGUAAUUUGUGA